AUGCCAAAAAACCUAGACAUUUCUGCUCACCACUGUGCAAUCCUCACCGGAUUCAUAGCAGUUAGCCAACUCGAGACCUUGAUUCUAUGCUUCGCGAGAAUGCACCAAGUUAUUGCACUUGUACUAAACACCCAUGUGGUUCCUAAAUUUCUACAGUACUCUUGCUACGCAUUAUGUGUCUUGUGUCCAAUUGCAUUGUGCGGAUGUAUUGAACAUUUUCAUAUCACCCAGGACCAACAAUGGGAUUAUAUAUCUGAAACUUAUCCAGAAUUGAUACCAGAGUUUCAAAAAUUGACACAUUUUGUGUUGUAUAUCAAAUCUUGUAAAUUAAAUCAUUUACUGAUUGCCAUGAUUUUAAGUGGGAUUACAUUAUUCGUGAUUUUUGUAGUUUUCUUAUUUGAUAUUUUCAAUUUGAUGGUGGAUUUGAAAAUUCGAAGGUCCACAUCUUAUUAUCAAAAACAUAAGGAGGCGAUGCACAGCUUAUUAGUGCAAUUUGUAACAUCUUCUAUCUGUUUGGUACCUCCUUUCAUGUUGGUAAUUAUCGUAUUCUUUGAAAUCCCAAAUGGACAGUUGUUAUCUGAAAUGUUUAUUGCCUGGUUUGUGAGUCAUUCGUCAAUCAACAUGAUCGGUCUGAUCAUUUUCUUUCCACCAUAUCAGAUAUUUUUCUUACGAGUUUUCAAGCGAAAAAAUUCAAAGCACACAACUCCAGUGGCAGUGGUUCCUGUGGUUGCGGCGGUUUCUUCAGGAUUUUGA